GGCCGACAGGAUAUCGCGGUUUUCAAGUUCAUCUUCACUGUGUCUGGACUAAGUUACUAACGGAAUAGUAGAGGACGACGGACCGCGAAAAUGAUCACGGCGUUGCCAGUGCCCUCGGUAAAGGUUUUCCACAAAACGUAUUACCAAGAAAAAUGUCCACGCAUAGGAAGUAGCCAACCCGGAAGUCCCCUGACGGAAAGCGAAGCGGUUUUGGCCCUCCUCGACAAAGAACCGCCGGAAUAUUAUUUCUGCGGAAAGGUAAAUUCUCUCCACGUUGUCGUCGGUUCUCUUUUGCUCGGUGCCGUCGUCCUGGUCGUUGGUCUCGUCCAGCUGGCACCUGGAGCGGAAGCAGCCCAGAAUUCGGCAGCCCUUAUAGCAGCGGGCUGCGGCCUUUUGGUCGUCGGAGUGCUUUUGGCACCCCUCAGAGCAUUGUGCAUAAGGCGGCAGAAGGCAGCCCACAAAGAGGGUGCACAUCAACGUAGCGUUACCAGUAUAGAUAUGCUCUUGGCGCAGCACAGAGAUUUCACGGUCCUGAUGCCCGACGAGCUGGAAGAUCUGGUUGGCCGACCGACCGCUGCUUUGGAGAGCAAAAUUCGUAAGCAGGGUCACAACACCUAGGCCUCGGUAAAGUCGACGGACAGCUCAUCUGGAAGCGAAACACCCUCAUCCCCGCAACAGCCCAAAUCACCACCGAAAAUUAACCACCAUAUCGUUAACGCGACGAAUUACACGCACUCGCACAACAUGCGUAAGCAUAGCCUCGUCUAGACACUAGACGUUCGUCAUCCUCCCUCCACACAUUAUACGACCGAUCGUCGAUGUAAGUCUUAAUAUGUAAAUUACCCGCCUAAGCAAGUCGUUAAUAAG